AUGGGGAAGGCUGCCACUCAAUUAGAAAUGCCUCUCUCCUCCGCCCUUUCCUCUCCAUGGGGGUUUUUACGCCCCACUAGCGAUUUACACACCACUGUUGUGGAUUCUGCGAAGCACAUUCUGGACUCUCUCGCUGGCUCUGUCGUGGACGCCCAAACCACUCGCCGACAACUCAACAAAAAGCGCAAAAGGUCAGACGCUGAACCUGAUUCAGCUAAUCUCCAGCUAAAGAACCUUUAUGUGGAUGGCUUCACUUCGAAUCAAAUAUGGGAGCAGGCAACCCGAAUUCUCGAGUCAACUGGCGAUGAAGUCGAACGUGAUAUCACUUUGAUCACCCAACACAGUGGUUAUUUGUCGAUGUCGGAUGAUGAACAGGCUCAUGAUGCGUCGGACCCCGAGGCCGCGCAAACCGAUAGUGACAGCAAUGAGAGCAUGUUAGAGGACAUUUCUGAGGCUUCGGAUGUCGAAGACAAUCUCGAAGAAGAAUCCACGAUGGGAUCUGACGAUGUGGACCAAGAGGAUGAGAUGGAAGACUGGGAUGACGAGAAAUCUUCUAUUGGCUCUACGGAACAGGAGCCUGAAGUCUAUGUCGAGGACAGGUUCGGAUUGAACGAUGGAUUUUUCUCUAUCGACGAUUUCAAUAAGCAGUCCGAGGCUUUGGAGCGACAGGAUGUUAAGGGAGGCCCCGAGGAGGGCGAGGACAGCGAUGAGGAGGAUGUGGAUUGGCAUACAAACCCGUUAAUGUCUGGAAGCGCCGCGCCUGUUCGCAGCGCUGACACACCGAAGAACCCCCGCACGACCGGGGAAAAUGAGGACGACAUGGAUGACAGCGAAGAAGAAGGACCGACCUUUGGAAAUGCUGAUCUAAACGGCGACUCCGACGAUGACGACGACGACGACGACGCCAUGGAUAUGGAUGCCGGUGAUGCGGUUGGCUGGGCGAACACCAGUGAUAUCAAAUACGCCGACUUUUUCGCGCCUCCGCCACGUAAAGCAUCCUCUAAGAAAAUGCGCGCGCUUCCCAAAACCCAGCCUGAUGCGCCAGUGGAGGACGAUGAUGUUGACCGUGCCAUGGCCGAUGUGCGACGGGACUUGUUCGACGAUGAUGAUGCUCUAAGUGCCGAGGAGGAUACCGCUCUUGAUGAAUCCGGAGACCCUGGUGCUCCACGUUCCACACACGAGAAACAAAGGGCACGGAUUGCCGAUGAAAUCCGUCGCUUGGAAGCGGCCAAUGUCGCAAAGAAAGAAUGGAUGCUUGCUGGUGAAGCCAGGGCUGUCGAGAGACCUGUGAACUCCCUUAUCGAAGAAGAUCUUGACUUUGAACGUAUUGGAAAACCGGUUCCCGUGGUCACCAACGAGACGACCGAGGACAUUGAAGAGCUUGUCAAGCGCCGGAUUCUUGCCGGAGAGUUCGAUGAGGUCAUUCGUCGUCGGCCAGGUGCAUCAGACGCACAAGCUACACGAAGGGGCCGGUUUGAAUUGGAUGAUACCAAACCCCAACAGGGUCUGGCCGAGAUGUAUGAAGCCGAUCAUCUUCGUGCUAACGAUCCAAACUACGUUGAUUCGAAGGAUCGUAAGUUGAUGCGGGAGCAUACCGAUAUCACCAACCUUUGGAACGAGGUCAGCUCCCAGCUGGAUACGCUAUGUAACUGGCACUACAAGCCUAAGAUCGCACAGGCCAGCAUCAACGUUGUCACCGACGCACCCACAAUCAUGAUGGAGGAGGCACGCCCCACAGCUGGCAGUGCUGCCGCCGGACCGGUGGGACUUGCACCGCAGGAGAUCUACACUCCCGGUGAUGGUGAUCGGGUCGCAGGAGAAUUGGUGAUGAAGAACGGGGAGACCAUCUCCAAGGAUGAGAUGACCCGCGAGGAGAAGGCCAAGAUCAGAAGGCACAACAAAAAGACCUCGAAGAAGGCCAACGCCGAACCCGCUCGCCAACAGCCUGGCAAGGCAGCUGAAAAACAGCAGAUGAUGUCCGACCUAAAGAAAGGAGGAGUCAAGGUCAUUGACAAGGAGGGUCGCGUAACAGACAUCAAUGGUGGCGCUGUCGACGCAGGCACCAAAACCAGAGGAGACACAUUGAAAUUGUGA